AUGCAACACUUUGCCGAGGAUUUCCAACAGUUACAGCCCCACCAUCCAUCUCAUACACGGUGCCAUCCCGUUGGCUCAAUUCCGCCUCUAGGCGAGUCUCCCCUCCCUCUACUCUCCACCCCUACCCUAUCCACCGUCCAAGAUGGCGUUCAAACUCGCAUCACACCAUGUUCACGGAAAGAAGAGACCUGCUCUGUCCACCGGCCCCCAUCUACUCUCGUGACUGCUGUUUCUGCCUGGCCGGCCGGGCUUCGAGCAUGUGGGCCCAGGCUGGGCAAGAAUAUAAUAGCUCAUGUGAGAGCGCGAGGUGUAUUCCCUCUGGUUGCAUGA